AGGUGGAACAUGGCGCAAGUGAUUACCGACAAGAUCCAAACAAUCAAAGAGAGCAUCACGCUCUGUACUGAAUUAAUAGAGAACAGUUUCUCUGAUGUGAUUGCUGCAAUGCACGAGGCGAAGUGUAGCGAGGAAGAAACACGAGAAGUCAUGACCUAUGCACAAAUGAUCUCAGAGGACAAGAAGCGCUUGCAGCUGUUAGAAAAUCAGAUAGUACAAGCCAGUCAGAUGCAAGAAGACAGUCCCCUAAAGACCAAGUUUCUGGAGCAGCUGAAAAAUUCAACUUUCGGGGUUGAAGAAUCGAAAAUGGCCUACAAAUCCUGCGGAAGUUAUGCAUCUUUGGAGUCUAAAUUUCAGAGCUUGUAUGGCGAAGCUGGUGAAGACGAGGACCUAUGCAUGACGGCCGAAGAUCUCCCUGAGUCAGACCCUCUCACCACUGAGCGGCUUGCUUUUAAGGACGGAAAAUGGCCCCUCGCGCUGCCAUGUAAGCAUGUAUACAACUACUCCACGGUCUUUGCCUUGAAGUCCAAGUCCAAGACAUUCGCACUGGACAAAUGUGUCGUCUCUGCUUGCUCCAACAAAACACCCAUUGGUGGCAUGGAGGCGAGGGAGAAGCUUCAACCCGACACUCGAGUGAUGCAGAUGAUCAGGAAAAGGCAAAAGUAUGGGGACAGCUACGGUAACGAAGAGAGAGAAUGCAUGGAGCUUUGA